UCUGGCCCAGAGCCCUCCAUUCUGGGGUAAAGGAUGCCCAGAGGCCAGUUAACUGGCUCUGGGGCCUCCAAUACUCCCCCCCCCCCCCCAGUAGUAACAAGAGGCAGUGCCCAUGCCCCCAUCGGGCAGCACCCUGAGCUCCAGGAGGGCCGAAAGGGCCUGGGCCAGAUGAGGAUGAGGCCAGAAGGCUGGCCAGCAGGAAGAUCUGGCCCUGGUGGGAUGGAGAAGCCCAGGCUUGGAAGGAGGGAGGGAAGGAAGGACCAGUUGCCCCAGGAGGGCAGGGAUCUAACUUUAUCUUUGGGCCCUCUCCAGUGCUAUAGGCAGUGGGCACUAUAAAUAUGUGCUAAAUAAAGGAGACCCUUCCUCACAUUAGGGAAGGAGGGCCUGCCCCCUAAUGAUCAGCCGUUCAUUUACAGCACUGAUCCAGGGGGCAAGGGGUAGCAGGCAUUGAUCCAGGGGGCAAGGGGUAGCAGAAUCUAAAGUGAAACUCCGUCAAGCACAGAGGUUCCAGGCAGAUUAGAUAGUGGGGCCAAGGAACCCAGAGAGAGGAAGGGCACAGGCCAGACACCCAUACUGGGGACUCUGGCUUGCUGGAGUGUACGACCCGGAGACAGGAAGUCCCGGGUUCCGAUCAGGCCUGACACUUCCUGCUGUGUGACCCUGGGCAGGUCACUUAACCCCAUCGCCCUGCCCUUACCACUCUAAUGCGGUAAUGGAACCAGUAUUAAUUCUAAGACAGAAAGUAAGGAUUUAAUUUUAAAAAUGGGAAAAGGAACUACCAAUUACCUACAAAAGAGGAUUUCUUACUCCAGCAACAAAAUUCAUUCUAUCUGUGUUAGUCAAGCCAUGCGAGAUGGAGUCCAAAGCCAGGACAGGCCCGUUUCUCUAGCAUGGGGCAUUCGUGUGGUGGCGUCUGCUGAAAUGGAAUUGUAAAUAUAUAGUAAAAAAUAGAGUCAGUGCUUACGUACUAUCUAUAAAGGCAGCCAUCGCUUUAUGAUUAUUAUGUGCCUCCACUUCAAGUAGGCCCUGUAAGGAUAUAGUUAGGGACCACCAAGGGGGAUUGGGAAAGCUUCAGGUGAUUGAAAGGAGGCGAUUAGGAUCCACUCUGGAGAGAUUGAUUUGGUACCUGAGUGAAAGAUGGACUAGAGCAGGAAGAGACUUGGAGCAAGAUCCACCAGCAGGCCGUGGCAGUCAUCCAAGGGCACCGACAACUGCUGUUUGGUAGGCACGAAAAGGAAGGGAAUAUGCAUUUGUUUAUUGUCUUGCCGCCGACACCAGGCCCCAACCGCCCCUCCCGUAACAACUGGCGUCCCAGGCCCCGUGUGCCACAGACUGUGCGCCUCAGCCUUUGGACUCCAAAGUCACGUGAGGGGACACCGCAGAUGAAACUGCACACAGACAAUCGUCAUCCUCGGUCACCACUCGGACUGCCACUAACUAUUUACUUAUUUUGGAUUAUGCAUUUAUCGAGUACCUGCUGUGUGCCGGGCCCUUUGCUGAGAAGCUCUUUAUAGAUAUCUGUUGAUCCUUCCAAUGUUUCGAGGAAAGCGCUGUUGUUGUCCCUAUGUUACAGGUGAGGUAAUGGAAACAGGCACGGGUCAGAUGACUUGCCCAGGCAGUGCCCGAGUCUGACUCCAGGCCUAGCACUAUAUCUACUUUAUCACUGCCUGCCUCUGACGGUGACAAUCUAGAAUAAUGGGGAGUUGCUGGGUGGGGGGGAGGGAUUUGCCCGUUGUCACCCCUCCUCCCCUAUGGAAACAAACGUGGAUUUCAUUUUUUUUAAACUCUUACUUUCUGUUCUAAUAACAACCCUAAGACAGAAGGGCCAGGGCAAGGCAGAUGGGGCUAUACAUCUCGUCUGGGGUUACCCCGUUAGGAAGUAUCGGGGGCCAGAUUGGAGCUCAGGACUCCAGGCCUGGCACUGUGUCCACUCUCCCAUAGGGGCCUGGAUUUGAAAACUAACCCUCUUCUAAGCCACAUUGGGUCUUCUGAAGAGAACAUCCACUUCUGGAAAUGUUUAAAAAGACUUAAUUUUUAUCCAUCUAAUUAAAACACAGAUCAGAGCCAUGAGCCUGCAAUGCCGUUUUACUUCAUGGCCUUUCCAAAGCUGGGAAGUACACAUGGCGCAACAAGCCAGCAGACUUGGGCGUUUUGACGUGGCAGGUUGCAUUUCCUGAUGUGUUUCCAUCUCAAAAGCUUUGGUUUGUUUUUUGUUUUUGAAGGAGAUGCUGAGCAGAAUGCAACAGAAAUAGACGCCUUCUUUAAAAGCAAACCCCUGGACCCAGCAGAACAGUACAAGAUGGACCACAAGAGGAGAGGCGUGGCUUUGAUCUUCAACCACGAGCGCUUCUUCUGGCACCUGACCUUGCCUGAGAGACGGGGCACACGGGCCGACAGGGACAACCUGCGGCAGAGGCUCUCGGAUCUGGGCUUCGAAGUGAAUUGCUUUGAUGACCUCAAAGCCGAAGACCUGCUGAUGACCAUUCAUAUGGUGUCCACUUCUAGCCACAUAGAUGCCGAUUGCUUCCUGUGUGUGUUCCUGACACACGGGGAAGGAAACCACAUCUACGCCUACGACGCCAAAAUCGAUAUCCAGAAGCUGACCGCCAUGUUUAAAGGAGACAAAUGCCAGACCUUGGUUGGGAAACCCAAGAUAUUUGUCAUCCAGGCCUGUCGAGGAGACCAGCACGAUAUUCCGGUCAUUCCUCUGGACGUGGUCGACCAUCUGUCGGACAAGGUGGACGUCAAUGAAACAGAAGUGGACGCUGCCUCCGUUUAUACCCUCCCGGCUGGAGCUGACUUCCUCAUGUGCUAUUCAGUGGCAGAAGGUUAUUACUCUCACCGGGAGACAGUGCAUGGUUCCUGGUACAUUCAGGAUUUGUGUGAGAUGCUGGAAAAAUACGGCUCCUCCUUAGAGUUUACGGAACUCCUUACCCUGGUGAAUAGGAAAGUUUCCCAGCGCAGAGUGGACUUCUGCAAGGACCCCAACGCCAUUGGGAAAAAGCAGGUCCCUUGUUUUGCCUCCAUGCUGACCAAAAAGCUCUAUCUCUUUCCAAAGCCUAAGUAACCUGCAGGCAGCCCCUUGGCCUUUGCUGUACAGACUUUGGGAGUACUGUCUCCUUUCCUCGUUCUUUUGUGGUAUGAUUAGCCUCUUGAGACGGGGUCUAGUGCCUUUUAAAUUUUUUAAUCAGAUGCCCAUUUUGGGACAGAAUCUCUCAGCUCAGCACAAUUUUCAAGGGCGACUCUUAACAGUUUCACCCCUAAAUAGAUACUUUUGUCUGUCUUCAUUUUGAGAGCUUUGGUCUUGUCUUUGCAAAUUAGUAUGUUGACAACAUUCUCAGGGAAUUGUCUUCCCCCAAACCCUACUCUAACAAGCAUUUAUCAAUAAUAGAUCUUGUGAAUCAGGAGCCUAUCCAGAUCAACAGGUGGUUCUAGCUUGUACUUGUAGCAUCUUUGCUUCUUCACCAAAACCCAUUUUCUAACAUUCAUGUAAAGGUUAUUUAGAUUCUUGAGUGAAAAAUAAAAACCAGCAGCUCAUUUUCCAUUAACAUUUCAAUUUAAAGGGAAUAGUUCUCUCUUCUCUGGGACUUUUACAUAUUUUGUAAAAUAUUUUUAAAAAUCUUCCUUAAAUAUCCAUGGUGUCUCCUGAUAAAGUGUAUAGUAACCACCAACACCCCUUUAUUCCCCUCCCAAUGUUAUCCAAUAACUGGAUAUCUGCCCUCCACACACUUAAAUUCCAUACCCACUGCUCACCACCUGAGACUGGACCCAGGCUAAGGCCACUCCAACUACCUAGUGUUACUGCCCUAGCUAAGACCAUUUAUGACAUCAUUCCUAUGGUACCCACCUCCUUCUUUGAUGGCAUUUCAUCUGGGUCAAAUUUGAGGGUAAUGAAUUCAAGAUUAUGUAGAUAAGGGGCACCUCUAAAUAUCUUUUAUGCUCAACUUCUAAAUUAUCAAUAAAUCAUUGACAAAUUAAGUAGGACAUUUUGCAAAGGAUUUUUCAUCAGUUUGAUGCGCACAUAGACACACACACACACAGAGGAUUUCUGUAGUUGAUAUGCCAUGGAUUUGAGAUGAAUCUUUUUAAAUUUAGUGUUACAAAUUUGAAACUGAAGAUUCCUUUUUUCCCUAGAAUUUUCCAUAUAUUAGACCUUUUUUUUAAGUUUUUAUCUUCAGAUUAAUCACUAUUAGGUGUUGAUUACAUUCCUAAAUUAUCAAGUUAAUUAACAUAUAUUUCUAUGUGUUGAAAUUAACUGAAUUUAUUUCUAGAUAUCUCAGGCUCUCCAUCCCCUCCCCACAUCAUAGGCUAACAGUUGUGUACAUAGAGAUUCUGUCUCGUGUGUUUCCAUUUUCUAGUUCAUUCUCUGGAGGUGAAUACUUACACAUUAUUCUAAAAAUAUAUAUAUUCUUAAAUGUGGGGCUCUGAUCUUUCACGUGCUAUACAAAACCAGCAAUCUUGUUGCCAGAAGCCAAAGAGGAUUCAUUUAGGUUUCUUACAACGUAGUUGAAUAUGUAAGGAGUAGUUUUCAUGUCUUGGUUCAGUUGGUUUUGUCCUGAGAGAGGCUCUCCCAGAUGACAUCUAGGCACAUGCCCAAUGGUCUAUAGGAUUCUUGUGCUCAUUCCAGAGAGGUGCUAGGAUGGUACUGGCAGCUAAACUCUUCUCCCCCAACCCCCAUAAUCCUAACUCCCCACUGGCUGGUGCUUCUCCUUCCUAGUUAGGACACAGUAAGAGUCACCAGUCUCCACUGAUCCUCUGUCAAAGAGGUAACACUUGAGAACGUCUAUUUCAUGUAUAGACUGUGAAAAAUUUCAUGGGCUUUUGGGCAGACCCUACACAAUGGCUCAUAGAAAUGAAAUGAUUUAGCCACCAUACUGUCAAUUUCAUCUUAAGUGUGAUUGUUUUAAUAGUUUUUAGAGUGAUGUACCCUAAACUCAGUUGCUAUAAUGAGGACUGAGCUUCAGGAGCAAUACAAACAGACUUCAAUUUUGUUUACACUUACUACAUUGUUUUGAUAAUAACUUGAUGCUUUUGUAAUUAAAGAAAUUAUGUAAU